UACAACUAUACGAUUUCGCUUGCUGCAUUAUACCCCGCCGUCCUAUCCCACCAGUCUACUUGCCCGCUGUUAUCCUUUUAGGCUCCACCGAGUCACUCACCACUCGGCUGGUGAUGAUAGUGUAGGCGCCUUUCUUGGCCCUUCUACUUCUUUCCGCGCCGAAACCCGCUACCAUGGCCGGCGUACAAGACGAUCCAAAUUCGAUGCCCGCGACGCCCGACGAGCUCGAGCCAGUCGAUAGGGAAGCCGUGGGCAGCCCAGUAUCCCACGGCUCCGUCGAUUCCCCGGACACGACGCCGCUCGAAACACCCAAGAGAAUGCCUUCGUUAAGAUCGGUUUCCGAUCCUCAAAAUCCAGGCCAUUACAUGUCCGUCUCGUCCACCCACCUGGGCAUCCUAUCCAAUGCAAGACAUCCCGCUGCUGCUGCUGCGCACAUGUCCAGCGGCCGGCUCCCCGAAGACAUCAACGCUAAAAUGAGGGCGUUUCACUUAUCGCGUCAGGGUAGCUCCCCUCUGACCGCCCAGCAAGCCACUCCACCUGCAGGACCUUCUUCGGGCGGCCCAGUCGUGGGCGGCUUGCCGAGACACUUGCAGAUGCCCGGCGGCCCUCAGAGACCCGGCGCUCCAGUCUUUGCCAAGUCGGCGCCUAACGUGCCUUCGGUGCCGCAAAAGGGCGGUGGAGGCUUUGCCGGAAAGCGGCGGUUCGGAUUGACGCUCGGGGACAUGGCCGGCGGUCCUCCAUCACCUUCACCUAACCCCGCUUCUAGCACGGGUUCGCUGCCCACACCGACGCAGAAUGGAAGUAGCCACAUGUCGCAGAUGAAGCAAUUCGAAGAGUACAUCGAUUCUGAAAAAGGGUAUCUGACAUUUAAGGGCAAAGCGAUCAUCACUAACAAGGGGGUCAAUUUCUCGGAUGGGUCCGUCUUUAGAAUAUCACUCGACGAGGUCGAAAAGCUCGACGAGUUAGGGAAAGGCAACUACGGCACCGUCUACAAGGUGAGGCACGCGAAGCCGCGGAUGCCUCGUUUCGGCCCCGGUCUCUCCGGGAUCAAGACCGCUUCUUUACUAGGCCUACCGGCUGCCACGCAAGACACGGCGGACGCCCCUGUCGAAACUUCUAAAGCGGGCUUCACGACCGGGAUGGUGAUGGCUAUGAAAGAAAUACGCCUGGAGCUGGACGAAGCUAAGUUGGCGACCAUACUAAAGGAGCUGGUUAUCCUGCACGAAUGUGCGUCUCCGUUCAUCAUCGAGUUUUACGGCGCCUUCUUUCAGGAGAGUGCGGUAUACAUGUGUCUCGAGUAUAUGGACGGCGGCUCUAUCGACAAGCUCUACUCGGGGGGGAUCCCGGAGGGCGUGCUUCGCAAGAUCAGCCACAGUACCGUCAUGGGCCUCAAAGAGCUGAAGGAUAAACACAACAUCAUCCACCGUGACGUGAAACCUACCAACAUCCUCAUCAACACGCGGGGGCAAGUUAAAAUCUGCGAUUUCGGCGUGAGCGGGAACCUUGUGGCGAGUAUUGCCAAGACCAACAUCGGAUGCCAAAGCUACAUGGCGCCCGAGCGGAUUUCCGGCGGGGCCUUCAUGCAGACGGGGGCAAGUGAUGGGACGUAUAGCGUGCAGAGCGAUAUAUGGAGCUUAGGCCUCACUAUCAUCGAAUGCGGCAUGGGGAAAUACCCAUAUCCGCCGGAAGUGUCGUCGACGAUUUUUAGCCAGCUCAGCGCUAUCGUCGAGGGAGACCCGCCCGAUUUGCCGGACCGAUAUUCCGAGGCGGCGCGCACAUUUGUCCACGGUUGCCUAAACAAGGUGCCCAAGUUAAGACCGACAUACCAGGCGCUCCUAGCCUCGGAGUGGUUUAAGGGCCUGGAUAAGCCGGAAACGAUUGCGGAAGAAGAGGAAGAGGCGAGGGAGAACGACGCUAGCGCCGAGGCGGUAGCCGGGGCGGCUCUGCACUUCGACUUGAGCCAGUCGAGCACGGAGGACGCUGAGGUUGCCGCGUGGGUCGGGUCGGUGCUGGAGAAGAAGCGGAGCGGGCAAUACGGAGAGACGCCGGGGCAGCCGGCGCUCCACGCCGCUCCCUUGGACGCCGUGAGCCCCCUGGCUAGCCCGAGGCUUGGGAACUAGAGAGAUGGAUAGGUAUUGAGCUCUCACGACGGGGGGGGGAAGGGGCGGAGGGGCAUUUCUGAGUUAGACAAGGACGGAAGAAGCAACGGGAUCA